AUGGACGCUGCGCAGCUGGUGCAGCUUGAGGCAGAAGCGUGGGCGUCUGACCAGCAGCGGCAGCUGUACAGCACCCCACUGAUCCCCGGGUUCCCGUGGUACACUGUGGCCGCAGCCGCUUCACACUCAGUGCGCCGUCACGUGGUGCCAUAUCACUACACUUUCCGUGUAUUUGUGAAGGGACGCUGGAUUGGGCGGUCCCUUUUGGACAUCUACAGCGAAGAGCAUACACACCACUCGCGCCAGUACUAUGCGACGUGCAUGCAGCGGGGUCUGCUUCGACGUCAGCCACGGACAAACCAUAAUGUGCGACGAGGUUAUAUGAAACGCUCAUACGGGGUGGAUCAGCCGAGUAAGAGUGACGGUGUUGAAGAUGUUUCACAAUCAAUUAUUUUGGAGCGGGGCGACCUCGUCCUUCACACGGUGCAUCGACACGAGGUUCCUGUGUGUAUGGGCACGACAGGGGUGGAUCCGAUAGUUCUCGCGGCAGUACGCAUCACAGCGUAUGGGCUGCUUCUUAUCCACAAGCCAGCAGGUGUCCCCACGCACGCAAGCGGUAGGUAUUUCAUGAACUCCUGUACGAACAUGCUGGAGUAUGUCCUGGCACCCAAGCGUCUACGCGCCUGGCUCCUGCAGCGGGACCCACUGUUGCAGUCUCUAGUGUCAACAAGACACUUGACGGAGGAGGAGUGCCAGGAGCUUCUGGCGUACUACGCGGUGGAAGAAGGUGUGACCGAUGCGGGGGAAUGUGUCCCUAUAGAACGCCUUCCGCGCCCGUGUCAUCGCCUAGAUAAGGUAACCUCCGGUGUGUUGCUGCUCGGGGUUUCACAAGCGGCCACGCGGCGCGUGGGGGAGGCGCUGACGCGCAAAACGAAACAGAUGGAGGAAGUCUUUCUGCGGCAGCUGUUGGGGUUUGCCGCAGACGACACAAAUAAUACAAGGGUGGACGGUGUACGAACUAUUAAUGCGAAAAUAUUGGAGGAGUUUGAUGUUGGAGUGAGGAAGCGGUACUUGGCCCGCGUCCAUGGUUGCUUUCCCAAUCGCGCACUGCACGUACUCUCCGCAGGUGGCGGGACACAAGGGAAGGACGCGGAUGCGCAGCGUCGCAGUGCAGCAGACGAUGGUAUUUUUAUUGCCACGAUGGCAAACCACACACCCCGCCAUGGGGAUGGUAGUGGGGAAGACGCGGUGUGUGGCGUUGGCCCGCCAGUGCUGCUUGCAUCGCCGUUGGCGCAGCUACAAUUCCGUAAUGGGGACACUGCGGAGGAGCCGGUAGCGCGGAAUGAUGAGGGGAAGCAGCAGCGGGAGCCUGUCCAACAGGCGGCUGCCACGUUCUGUCAACCGCUGCGUCAAUUUGCCUCCGGCAGCGGCGAGCAAAGGGAUGAGGGUGAGACAUUGGUGCAAUGUGUCCCCUUCUCUGGUCGCAUGCACCAAAUUCGUAUACAUCUUAGUGACUGGGGGCACCCCAUCAUCGGGGACGCUAGCCUCAGUGCGAUGGAGCAGCAGCAAAGCAGCUUGUAUGCGCCUGCGUCGCCCCACUGCGAGGGCACCGCCACACAUGACGUGGAAAGCAAGGAAGGGAUAAAAUUAUACUUUUGCAUGGAUGAUCUACCAGCGGUUUAUCGUGAGGGGUUUCAUAAACAUGACGCUCUCUGUUGGGAGUGUGCAGGCCGCCUUCCUGUGGCCUCGUUUGGGAACCAAAAUAGUAGUACCAUAGCACUGCAUGCAUGGCAGUAUGAAAUAGACCACCAUUUACUGCGCACCUGCGUGCUGGACAACGCGGCUGUUGGAACGGAUGAAACAGUAGAGGCGAAGGAUGAAAAAGAAGUGGAACCGCAAAAUUACGAACAGGGGCAUGCAGAGAAUGACGGGAAGGAGACGGUAGUGAACCUCUGCUGUUGCAUGAGAGAUGUGAGGCGGCAUCAGGACGAAUUUGUCCAGCGGCGAGGGAAAUAUGUUGUCUUUUUUGCUCCUUUACCUGCAUGGUCACUUGAUUAA